UUUUUAGACUUCGUUACGUUUACAACAUCAUUUUCAUAAGAUCUAACAUCUUGUGUUUUAGUUGUUAUUAAUAAUAAAAAAAUAAGUAAAGUUUAAUUUUUAAAAAUAAAGAAAAUGGCGGAUGAAACUACUCCUUUAACUAAUACUUUUGUGCCGCAACCACCACCCGGUCCGGUAUAUGUUUUCCCUGGAGGUGUUUCUCCUCGUUCGCGUCGUCAUAAAAUGCAUCAAUUGCAAUGGUGUUUAGGAUUAACAUUUUUAGUCAUCAUUAUUGCAUCUUUGAUUAUUGUCUUAGCCAUAAACAAUGAAUAUCCGUAUCCGCCCGUUUUACUGUUGGCUACAAAUGAGUCAGCCAAUAAUUUAAAUCAAACGGUCAAUUCAACGGUUUUAUCAGAAAGAUUAGAAGCCAUAAAGUUUCCCAUACCUGAUGAGCCGGAAGAUGAUUGGUCUCUGAGACGUUUUCAUUUGCAACACAAUGAUACUGAUUGGGCUAUAAGUGAGGGCAUUAAAGCCCUGGGAGAUCGUGAAAUAUUGGAAGAGAGUUUAGAGCCAACACCGGUUGAUUCACCAGCAUUUCGUCAUUACCGUUCAUUAAGUUCAAAUGCGGCUUCGAGGAAAUUGGCGCGUAGAGGAUUUGUGGAAAAUGAAGCCACAGAUAGUUUAGCGGAGAAAUUUAACUAUACACGUGGUCGUGUUCGUUCAAAUAUAGGCCAUGGACCCAAAAUCGUAUUACCUGAUCCUACAUCUGAUAUAAUAUGUGACUUCAAUGCCAAAUAUCGUCGUUCUAGCGGCAUAUGUAAUAAUAAAAAUCAUCCUCGUCAUUAUGGAGCAGCUUUAAUACCCUAUCGACGUAUGGUAAAUCCCGACUAUGCAGAUGGUAUUUCUCAACCCAGAGGAGUGCUUAAGAAUGGCACCAGUUUAUUGCCUCCCGCUCGUCAAGUGUCAUUGAAAAUAAAUCGUGCUUCCUAUGAAACAGAUUCAAAUUUCACUGUAAUGUUGGCGGUAUUUGGACAAUUUUUAGAUCACGACAUAACAGCCACUUCUCUUACAUCCUCUCUGGAAGGCGAGUCCAUAAAUUGUUGUGGACAACCUCUAAACUUAACACAUCCAGAAUGUUUUCCUGUUACAGUAUUACCCGAUGAUCCUUAUUAUAAGGCAUAUAAUUUAAGUUGUAUGAAUUUUGUGCGCUCAGCUCCGGCUCCGACGGGUCAUUUUGGUCCUAGACAACAAUUAAAUCAAGCUACUUCAUUUAUAGAUGCUUCAGUGGUCUAUGGAAAUUCAGAUUUGCGUCAGAAUCAUCUACGUACUUUAAACAAUGGUCUGCUGCGCAUGUAUAUUACCGAAGAUCAUAGGGAAUUAUUGCCCAUAUCCACAAAUCCAGAUGAUGGCUGUAAUCGCGAAGUCAUGAUAAAACAAGGGAAAUAUUGUUUUGAAUCUGGUGAUGAUCGAGCUAAUGAAAAUUUAUUAUUAACAUCCAUGCAUUUACUGUGGUCACGGCAACAUAAUUACUUGGCUAAUGGUCUACAGAAAGAAAAUCCCGAUUGGGAUGAUGAAACCGUAUUUCAAGAAGCGCGUAGAAUAGUAGCUGCCCAAAUUGCCCAUAUAACUUACAAUGAAUUUUUACCCAUACUAUUAGGCAGAGAAUGGGCGGAUAGGAAGGGAAUAACUCCCCAAAUGGAGAACCUGGAUGCUCCUGAUACUUAUGAUCGUAAUGUAAAUCCUUCUAUAGCCAAUUGUUUUGCAGCGGCAGCAUUUCGCUUUGCUCAUACUCUAUUGCCGGGUCUUUUUAAUGUCACCAGCAAUCAUAGUAAUCCUGAGUAUAUGGAACUGCAUAAAAUGUUAUUUAAUCCUUUUUCUCUGUGGCAAAGUGGUGGCAUUGACACAGCUCUUUUAAUUGCUACCAAUACGCCAGUACAACGCGUAGAUCGCUUUUUUUCCUUGGAAGUUACACAACAUCUAUUUGAAGAUAUCUCAGAUGAUCAUUUACCCGCUUGCGGUUUGGACUUAGUUUCGUUGAACAUUCAACGAGGACGAGAUCAUGGUUUACCCGCUUAUCCAGUUUAUAGAAAACAUUGUCAACUGCCACCGGUAGAUACUUGGGAGCAAAUGGCACAAGCUGUGGAUAAGGAUUCAUUGAAAUCGAUACGAGAAAUCUAUAGCUCUCCCAAUGAUGUCGAUGUUUAUACAGGAGCUUUGAGUGAGCCUCCCUUAGAAGGAGCUAUUUUUGGUCCUUUAUUAGCCUGCAUGGUGGCUGAUCAAUUUAUGCGAUUAAAGCGAGGAGAUUCAUUUUGGUAUGAACGUAAAAUUGGACCACAAAAGUUUACUAAAGAUCAAUUAAGAACGAUUUAUGGAACAACUUUAUCCCAAAUUAUUUGCCGUAAUUCCGAUGAUAUCAAACAGAUACGUAAAUAUGUUAUGGAACAUCGCAAAAAUGAACCAAACGUUAUCAUAGACUGUGAUGAUUUAAAGCAUUUCAAUUUUACUCCCUGGAAUUUGAAUCAACAACCUGUACAAUUGCAUAAAGCUCAAUUUAAUUCUCAAGCAGCCAGAAUACGUGUGAUUAAUAAAUCACAAACGAAUAAAACGAAUCAAUCUUUAAACUCUAUAAAUUAAUAUAAAACCAUAAUAUAUUUACAUACAUACGUACACAAUGUACAUACAUCAUCUUUUUUAAACAAAAAUAUCACACGAAACAUUCAUAUAACACCAACAUCAUCAUUACCAUCAUCGCCAUCAACAAGAUCAAACACAAAUAAAGUUUAAUGACUUUUACAUACAAUUUGUUCAUUGUUUUUGUUUAAUAUUACUUAUUUAAUUUAAUUUGUUUAUAUUUAUAUUUGACUUAAUAUAACAAUUAAUUUGUUUCUAACAGUAUAUUUACGCUUAGGAAAAUUGUGAUGAUGAUGAUGUUGCAUUAUCAGCAACUUGAUUUAUGCAUUGAGGCAUAACAGAAGUGUAUGGGAAUCUACUUAUUUGCAGAUUGAACAACUUUACACACUCCUCACAAUUGACAAUGAAGUUUGUUUGCCUGUUUUUAAAACAUCUUUCAACAUUCAUCACCAUUUUGCAAUCGAACGAACGAACGAUCGAUGAUUGUUCGACAUCAUCAUCGUAAUAUGGAUCACUGGUACGCGGCUGAUGUAAUCUUUUAAGGAAUUACGGAUUCAAUAUUUAUUAAUGAAUUUUUAUAUAUAAUAUUUCGUUAUUCAUUCUUUAGGUUCAAACUUAAAAAUGUAUUUUUAAAUGUUUCUUUUAAAAAAUAUCAAUUUAUAUUCAAUAUUUAACUAAAUCUUGUUUUUUGGCUUUUAUUAAUUAUUAUUAUUAUUAUUUUUAUAUAUUUAUUUAUAUGUUUUUUACUAUAUAUCAUCC